CCAUCACCUGAUGUCCUCUUUGCUAUGAUCGAAUCUAGAGUGAACAUGGACAAUCUGCCCGCGAGUUUCUCUGUUUGUAUUUCUGCGAUACAUCUAGCCGACGUCUGUAGUGAGGUUGUGUACGAAAUAAAAAAUAGUCUUCAAAACGGAAUCAUAUUAGUUAGGCCGAAAACUUCAUUCCAUUUCUGAAUUGACUUGUACGAAGUACUGAGCCACAAUGCCUGAAGACUCGGUCAAGGUGGCUGUUCGUGUCCGCCCUUUCAAUCAGAGGGAGAAGGACCGUCACUCUAAACUAAUUAUAGGCAUGCAGGGAAAUAUGACCACCAUUAAAAACCCAGAUGCACCAGGAGAAGAACCAAAAAAGUUUUCAUUUGACUACUCCUAUUGGUCACAUGACGGCUACAUAACAAGGGAAGAUGGCAUCAUGGAAGCCAAGCCAGGAAAUCAGUACGCUACCCAAAGGAAAGUCUUUGAGGACCUUGGUCAGGGAGUCCUGGACAAUGCAUUUGAAGGGUACAACUGCUCUUUGUUUGCUUAUGGACAGACAGGAUCUGGAAAAUCUUAUUCAAUGGUUGGCUAUGGACCGAACAAGGGUAUUGUGCCAAUUACUUGCGAUGAAUUAUUCAAAACUAUUUCAGAAAACAAGGAUACAAAUAAGAGAUUUGAGAUAACCUUUUCUAUGCUAGAAAUUUACAAUGAACAAGUUCGGGACUUACUUGCUAAAGAUAAUCCUAAAGGAGGACUGCAAGUUCGACAGAAUCCUAAACUGGGCAUGUUUUAUGUACAGGACUUGAAAAAAGUACCUGUUGGUAGCUAUGCUGAAAUAGAAAUGAGAAUGGAACAAGGAACAUCCAACAGAACUGUGGCUUCUACAAACAUGAAUGCUACAAGCAGUCGAGCCCACACUGUUGUUACCAUAGUUUUUGACCAAAUCUUCAUCAAUGAAAAUGGGGAAGAAACGAAAAAGAGCAGUACCAUGAAUUUGGUUGAUUUGGCAGGAUCAGAGAGAGCUGAUUCCACUGGGGCUACAGGGGACAGGCUGAAAGAAGGAGCUAAUAUCAAUAGAUCCUUAUCUGCCCUUGGCAAUGUCAUUUCUGCCCUUGCUGAUGCCUCUGAGAAAAAAAAAGUUGUUGUUCCAUAUAGAGAAUCAAUUCUAACAAAAUUAUUACAAAAUGCUCUCGGUGGCAAUAGCAAAACUGUGAUGAUAGCAGCUCUGUCACCAGCAGAUAUUAAUUAUGAUGAAACUUUGUCAACAUUGAGAUAUGCAGAUAGAGCCAAGAAAAUAAAAAACCAAGCUGUAAUCAAUGAAAACCCAAUGGACAAGAUGAUCAGAGAGCUGAAGGAAGAGAAUGAUAGACUGAAGAAAGCUUUGGAAUCUGGUGGAUCUGUGAACAUAGAACAAAAAGGAUCAAUGAGUCCUGAAGAAAUUGAAUUGUUACGAAAAGACAUGGAAGAGAAGAUUAGAGCUCAAUUAUUAGCCAAUCAACAUUUAUUGAAUGAGACAGAGAGGACUUGGGAUGAAAAGCUCUCAGCAGCUAGAAAUGAAACAGAUGCCAUUGCUAAAGAAGAGAACAGAGAGAUUGCAAGGAAGAACAAAGAACCUCACCUGAUGAACCUAAAUGAGGACCCUAUGUUGUCAGGAGUGGUGUGUCUGUUUCUGAAUGGGGCUACAACAGUUAUAGGCUGCAAGAGUGGCAACCCUGACAUUGUUUUGAAUGGAUUAAGCAUUCAAAAGAAACAUGCAGUAAUAAGUCAAGAAAAGGGAAGUAUUACUUUGAAGCCAGGUUCUGAUGGAGCUAAGACAAGAGUUAAUGGCAGUCUAAUUACAGGGCUUAGAACUCUAGAACACAUGGACAGAAUCAUCUUUGGCUCCAACCAUGUGUAUGUAUUUGUGAACCCACUAAAUCCAAAGGCACCUGAAGGUACUCCACAAGAUAUCAACUGGGAGUUUGCUCAGAAAGAAGUAGCCAAAGCCAAAGGUUAUUCAACAGGAACAAGUGGACUUUCAAAAGAGCAACAAGUUGUACAAGAACAGAUCCUAGAAAUACUGCCAAUGGUUUCAGAAGUGAAUGCCAUCUCUGAAGAGCUGAACAAAUACAGGUCCUUUGAAGUUGUACUUAUAUCAGCUGUGGCUGUGCUAGCCAGUAGUAACACAGAAGCAGGGCCACAAACUAUUGAGGACUAUGAUAAGUUAAGGGUAAUGGUCAAAAUGAAAAACAUGCUGAAUGGCAACACCUGGCUUUGGGAGAGUGGGAAGUUUAUGAAUAGAAAGUUUUUAAUUCAGGAAAUGUAUCAAAAAUAUCAAGAUGGAGAAAAUAUAGCCUUGAUACCCAAAGAAAAAGAUCCAUUUUGGGAACCUACUGAAGAUGCACUGAUUGGAACAGCUAAUGUAUUUUUACAGUCGUUAUCCUAUGCCCUUGAAUUUGAUGAUGAGUUACCAAUCACUGAUCACCAAGGUCACGAAGAAGGCAAACUCAAAGUCACCAUCAUACCUUGUACGCAGAAUGGUCAAAGCUUAGAUGAAAACAGUUUCGUUGAGGAUCCCACUGAGCUACUGGGGAAACAUUUCUGCUUCAAAAUUAUCAUCAAAGCUGCUGAGGUCUACAAGUCAAGGUACAAUCUGGGCAUUAAAGUCAAGUACAAGCUUUGGGGGGAUAAAGAAUUUACAGAAACUCAAAUGAUGAAAGGAACUCUGACCCCACAGUUUAACCAUUCAAGGAUUGUGUCCAUUGACAAUUUGACAUCAGAACAUCUUGAAUUCUUUGAAAACCACAGCAUCACUUUCUUAAUGUAUGGCAAACAAGAAGAUUCCCCAACAGAUCCUAAGCUGGCUAAACUCACUACCAAGGAAUUGCGAGAGAUGGACCAGACUGAAUCUAGUACUCAAGCUGUUCGUAAGAAAUCUAUCUUUCAGUCAGACACACAUGCCUCAGAAGGAGCACAUCUGAAAACUGAUUUAGUUUUGUUACAAAGGAAAUAUGAGAGACUUGCACAGAAAGAAAAGAGAAUGAUGCAACUCUGCGAUGAAUGGGGACAGGCUCCUAAAGAACAUCAGCAGUUUGAUGCUUUUUAUCGUGCAGUCUCUGCCGUGGCUUACAGUUCUGGUACUAGGCUCAAGACCAGGGCACUUCUUGUAAACCAGCAAGAUGAUGGGGAUACCUUCAGUCUGUAUGUGUUUGGGGAAGAAGAAGAGCAUCUAGCGCACGAGGCUGAGCAAAAUAAUGGCAUCAUCAACUAUGACAAAGUUAAAAAUCACCAUUUCCCUAUAAAGAAAGCUUCGCUUCAAUCUGGAGGCAAUGGCCUACUCACUAAUGGGGUUAAAGGUCACAAAGAUGGAAAUGAAACCACCUCAGGGAGUUUUACUUGUAACAUCACUUAAUAAUCAGAACUUAUGUGUAGACAAAGCUGCUGACGUCAUGAUAAAGACCUCAUAAACAUUUGUUAUUGUUGAAUGAAUGAUCUCAUAGUUUGUUAACUACCGGUAUUCACAUGAAAUGAUUCAUUUUACUUUCUUUUUUUUCCCCAUUCUUUUUUACUUUUGUAUGGUUUUAUUGACAAAUAUAAACUGUCCAGCAAAUCAAGUUUGUAUUGGCUCAGUUUGAUGUGUUAUCUCAACAGAAAAAAAAAAUGUACUCCUCAUCAAAAAGAAAACAUGAUUUUUUAGUAACAAAUUCCCAUGUUCUUGUGCAAUUCUGGUACAAAGAAGGAGUUAUAAAUUCUUUGCAGUCAUUCUUUUUUUGGCUCAUGACUUCCUGGGGAAACAAUAGCAGACAUCUUAACAUCGUUUCUAAAAGUUAGCCAUUUUUAAAUUGUAAAGUAAAGUCUAGAUUUGAAUAUAGGCCACAUCUAUAAACUAAUGUUGCCAUGUCUAUAUAUAUAUAUAUAUAUUUAUCUAGGUCUAUGAUCUAGCUAUCAAUCACUUAAUUAUCAUUAAUUAAUUGCUAACUUGUGACUUUUCCACAAAAUUUCCACCUGCUGAAAACAAAAACAUUUUAAAUAUUUGCUGAGUUGGCGCUUCAAUUUAAAUAAUGCAAAUGUGAGAAUAUGUUUUUAAGAUUUUUUAAAUUAAAGAAAAAUAUUGUAUUUCACUAAGAAUGUUGACCCCAAGUGCUGUGUAUAUAUUGUUUUUUGUAGCUGUGAUAAAGAUACACCGAGUUGUCAAAUAUGCCAAAAGCUUGAAUCAUUUUGUUUCACUCUGCACUAAGAACCACUGCUGAUCAUUCAAUCCUUCCACUCUCACUGUCUUCUAUCUUAAAGGCUUAUUUUAACACUUAAAAAGUAACUUGUCUAGCUCUGGACAUUCCCAAUGUACUUGUUGAGUGGAGGAGGGAGUUCUUGAGGGGCUGGGGGCACGACAAGGCCUCCAUUGUGCUGAUGUGCCAUAAAAUCUAAAUGUUUUUGUGUGGAGAUAUUUUAAGAAUUUGUUUUUACCUUAUUGCAAUUUUUUUAUGUCAACCAAAUUACCCACUGUAGUUUUUCAGUUCUAAAUAUUAUCUAUUUAAAUUUAUAAAGAGUGAAUUUUGUCAAGGAAGCCCAAAAUAAAACUCUUCCUAUCAGUCCAGCAUCACAAUAUAUAGACGAAAAUAAAAUGCUCUUUUAAUCAA